AUGGCGUUCUCAUUCGGGACACCCGCCGCACCAGCUGCUGGCACCUCGGGCACAUCUGGUGGCUUCUCCUUCGGCACGACCCCGGCACAACAGCAGCAGCAGCAGCAGAAGCCUGCGACGGGUGGAUUCUCAUUCGGCACACCCGCUUCACAACCCGCCGCAGCACCAGCUGCCCCGGCGGCGACGGGAGGGCUCUUUGGCGGCUUUGGCAGCUCUCAACCCGCUGCAUCGGCUGCUCCCGCUGCGCAAGCACCCGCAGCCUCGACAGGCGGACUCUUCUCGUUCGGUGCCAAGCCGACGACCACUGCUGCGCCGGCUUCCACCACAGGCGGCCUCUUUGGCAACACCACAACCACCACACAGCCCGCAUCGUCAGGCUUUUCCUUCGGCGCACCCGCCACCACACAGUCCCAACCUGCGCAACCCUCCACAUCCCUCUUCGGCGCCCCCGCCUCGUCCUUCGCCACGACCUCUGCGCAGCAACCCCUCACACAAACCUCACUUCCACAACCCGCGCAGCCCUCGCAACCGGACAAAAAGCUCGGCGCAUCCCUUUGUGCAUCGAUCGAAUCCAUCCGCGCAGCAUACGACACGUCCAACGCGGCCCACUGUCGAUUCGUCUACUACUUCUACAACAAUGCGGGCAGUGCGUCGAAUCUGAAACUCGUCUCUGGUCGGCGGGCCGAUGCUGUUGGUCCUACGCACGAUGCCUUGUGGGCAGCAGCGGUGCGAGAGAACCCCGAUCCGAACCGACUCUACCCUGUGCUAGCGCUUGGGUUCGGGGAUUUGAAGAAACGUAUUGAGUCGCAGGAGAAGGAGGCGGCGCGUCAACGGGCGUUGCUCGCCCAGCUCUCGACGCGGUUGGCCGCACUGGAAAGCAAACAUUCGUUGAGCAACAGUGUGCGGGCGCAGGCGGCUCAAGCCAGGCAGGCGCAGUUGCACCAUCGGUUAGUGGGGUUGGUGGGCAAGGUGCAGUUGCUGGUGCCUGCGUUGCGGGGGAAAAGCGUGGGGCCGGAGGAGGAGAGACUGAUUGCGAUCCUCGAGUCGUGUCAGGCCGAGAUUACGGGUGCUGUUGGCGGAACGGGCAGAGUGAAUGGGAAUGGCACACGGGAGAGUGGUGCGAAUAGCGCUAGACUCCGGGCGAGGAUCAACGAGCUUUGGGCCCAACUCGGCGUGAUUCGCGCCAAGAGGGAGAUGAUGGCGCGCGAAGGGAGGAGUGCCACCACAGAAUGGGCGGUCGUCGACCAGAGCGGGUUGGAGAACGUCACAAAGAUCCUGGCGCAACAGCAACAGGGGUUGAACCACCUCAGUACCACGUUGGAGACGGACACCAAGACGAUGGAGACCAUCACGAAUGGCUUGUCCGGCGUCAAGCUCGUUGGAGUUUCACGGUAG